GCAGUAGCUUAGAAGAUUUCCAUUUUCAGGCUUCAGCAUGCAUAACAACAUAAGAGAGGUUGUCUUUCAGAGCCAGAUGCUUCAGAGUUCUUUUCUCUUCAGCAAUUCACGUACAGCUUUGUUUGAUAAAAUUAAGCAGGCUAUUCCCUUGUUUUGGAGUCUCUUACUGUUGUAGUAUGCAGCCAGCAUAAUGAGGCGCACAGCUGUGAUGUAUAUAGAAAUUGGUUGUUUUUUGUGUUGCAUUUGUGGAUGGUUCCUGAUCUGUUCUACUCUGCCUACUGAGUACUGGAAUUUCUCUGAGGUAGGAGAUGCUGUACUCACCACAGUCAACUACUACUCCAACCUGUGGAUGGAUUGUGUAUCUGACACCACUGGUGUUUCUGACUGCAAGUACUAUCCUUCCUUGAUGGCCCUUCCAGUUUUCUUGCAUGUCUGCCGUGCUCUGGCCAUUGUCGCUGUAAUUUUUGGAUUUUGGGGGGCUGUGCUCACCUUGAUUGGAAUGAAGUGCACCAAGAUUGGGGGUUCUGAAAUUGCUAAUGCAAGAGUGACAUUAGCAGCUGCCUUUACCUUUAUGGCAUCAGGGCUGAGUGGUAUGGCAGUGUACUCCAUGUGGGGAAACAGAAUGCGGGCAGAAUUUGUGGAUGUAAACUUUAAGCCACAGAGAUUUGAACUUGGUGCAGCUUUAUUUAUAGGAUGGGGAGGUUCCAGUUUGCUUAUAUGUGGAGGUGCAGUUUUGAGUUAUUUCUCUGGGAGAGAAGGAUUUAACUCAGGAUCAAAUGACACACUAUUUCGGGCAGAUACUUACACACGAGCUCGAUCAAGAGGGACAUAUAUGACAGCUCGAACCAGAGGAACCUAUAUGUUGCCUGCCUACUCCAGGCCCACUACAGCUAUUAUGCCCCCCUUAUUCCAUCCAAGCCGAGCAAGCAAAGGAAACAGAAGGACAAGGACAUACAGAGCCCAUAAGACAACAGCCUCCAUGCCACUUAACAUGGAUUCAUAUGUGUGAAGCCCAUGUUUUGGAAACAAUAUACAGAGUGGAUCUGACUUAAAGGUGCUUAAGGGGCUUAAAGGUGUGAUGCAGUAGUAUAAAACUCAGCAUGAACAGAUAUGCAGGAAAAGCUAAUCUAGGAUGAAAUGUAACAAUAAAAAAGAUAAUCAGCCCCUUCAGGAAAAAAC